AUGCUACAAUUCAUUAGAAAUCGAGCUUCCGUAGAGCUGCUAAGUCGGUCUUUUCGUAAAUACAAUGUUCCCGAGUCUUCUGGACAACUGCUGCAGGAUUUAGGAUUUGUGCAUAUGUCUAUGUCGGGGGUGUUUCACCUCUUACCGCUUGGGCUGCGGGUACAAGACAAGAUAAGCAAACUGAUUCAACAGUCGAUGAAAUCCGUUGGUGCAGCUCAAGUUAGCUUGGCUCACCUGUCGAGCAAAGAAGUAUGGGACCGAAGCGGACGAUGGGAAACAAGCGGCCGGGAGCUAUUUCGAUUGAAGGAUCGAACCGAGCGAGAGUUGUGCCUUGCGCCUACGCACGAAGAAGAUAUUACCGAAUGCAUAGCGAGUUUUGUAGAAUCCCAAAAGCAGUUGCCGAUCCGGGUGUAUCAAAUUGGAAGAAAAUAUCGAGACGAAGCAAGACCAAGAGGAGGAUUGCUUCGUGGCAAGGAGUUUGUGAUGAAAGACCUGUACACGUUUGACGUGAAUACUCACCAAGCCCAAGAAACGUACAGACAGGUUUUGGGGGCGUAUCACCAAUUUUUCAAGGCGGUAGGGUUACCGUUUUCGAUGGUGAAUGCGGACACGGGGAAUAUUGGAGGAAAACUUUCGCAUGAAUUUCAUUAUCGCAGCGCGGCGGGAGAGGAUACGAUAUGCAUUUGUCCGUCAUGUGAGUUUUCGACCAACUCGGAGCUGCUAAAAGAAACAACAUCGGGAACGGGACACUGUUGUCCGAGUUGUGGAGAUGAGUUGACAUUGUCAUCGUCGAUUGAAGUGGGACAUGCGUUUUUGUUGGGACAAGCUUAUUCCGCCAAAUUGGGAGCGAACGUCGAGGUGAACAAGCGACUCGAACCCUUGUAUAUGGGAUGUUUUGGGAUUGGCAUUUCUCGAAUGAUAGCGGCCAUUGCCACUGUGACCAAGGAUUCCAAGGGACUCGUGUGGCCGAUGAAUGUUGCACCCUGGAAAGUGCUGGUGGUACCGACAUCGUCGAAACACAUGCAGGCAGCGGAAUCCGUGUACGACGGUGUUGCACAUGUUGUUGGCGCUGACAAUAUCCUGCUGGAAGAUCGUAGUCAGCACUCCUUUGGGUACAAGAUGAAGGACGCCGAGCUGAUUGGAUAUCCAUUUGUGAUUAUCGUGGGCUCCCAAUUUGAACGACAAAGCCUCUGUGAAGUGCAUGUUCGCGCGACCGGGGGAAGACACCAUUUGCCCCUGCAAUCUUUGCACCAGAUUCUCUUGGGGAACUUUUUGUAA